AUGCCUUACAAACUUCCACCGUCGGAGCCGAUUGCGGUCGUGGCAAGCAGCUGCAGGUUUGCGGGCGGCGUCACUUCUCCAAGCAAACUUUGGGACCUUUUGAGACAGCCGACAGAUUUGUCUCGCAACGUGCCCCCCAGUCGGUUCAACGUACGUGCAUUCUUCCACCCCGAUGGCGACUACCACGGCACCACCGAUUCACCCAAGGCCUACUGGCUCGACGAUUAUCAAGAUAUCCGCGAGUUCGAUGCCGGUUUCUUUGGCAUCGCACCGAAAGAAGCAGAGGCCGUUGACCCGCAGCAGCGACUCCUACUCGAGACCGUCUUCGAGGCUCUCGAGUCUGCAGGAUACCAGCUUCCACAAUGGGCCGGGAAAGAUGUUGCCGUCUACGUCGGUGCCAUGACCGCAGACUUCUACUCCGUAUCACUACAGGACGACUUGACGACGUCUCCGUACUACGCCACUGGCAAUGCGCGGUCCAUCUUGUCCAACCGCAUCAGCUACUUUUACGACUUUCAUGGGCCCUCUGUCACCAUUGACACGGCAUGUUCCUCCAGUCUUGUUGCUUUGCAUCAGGCUGUCCUCGGACUACGUGCCGGCGACUGCAGUGCUGCCUGCGUGGCCGGUGUCAAUUUGAUGCUCACACCGGAACAAUUUGUCGUCGAGUCCAGUCUGCAUAUGCUGAGUCCCACCGGACAUUGUCAUAUGUGGGAUUCGCGAGCCGAUGGCUAUGCACGUGGUGAAGGCGCAGCCGUCUUGUUCUUGAAGCCGUUGCGCCGAGCCCUGGCCGAUGGCGAUGGACCACGCAUUCAAGCUCUCAUCCGCGAGACGGGGGUGAAUUCGGAUGGCCGCACCGCUGGCAUCACGAUGCCGAGCCCCACUGCUCAGGCAUCUCUCAUCCGCGCCACAUACACGCGUGCGGGACUUGAUAUCACCGACCCUGCAGAUCGCUGCCAGUACUUCGAGGCUCAUGGCACCGGCACACCGGUCGGCGACCCCCGAGAAGCAAGUGCCAUCUACUCCGCAUUUUUCAAGGAGCGCGACGAUCACUCCGACAAAGGGAACCUGGCUGGUGCAAGCGCAAAGUCUCCUCGACCGCUUCUAGUCGGGUCAGUCAAGACUGUCAUUGGUCAUACAGAGGGUGCUGCUGGCCUUGCUGGCAUCUUGAAGGUCAUGCUGGCUAUGAAAAAUGGCCAGGUACCUCCAAAUCUGCACAUGGAAAAGCUAGCCUCGACCGUGGCUCCUUUCUGCACCCCAGCUCCACAAGGUUAUCUACAGAUCCCUACAGAGCUCAUGAAAUGGCCUGCGGCGAAACCUGGGCAUCCUCUCCGGGCCAGUGUGAACUCGUUCGGAUUUGGUGGGACCAAUGCACAUGCCAUUGUUGAAAAAUACGAUCCCAGCAUUCACAGCCCGCAUCUCAGCAUUAUGAAUGUUCGUCCAUCAGCCUUACGAGGAACGUCAAGCCUACCCCAAAUACCCCUCUUUUUGUCUGCGAGCUCUGCGAGCACCCUCCGCUCAUUGGCCAAGAACUAUCUUGAUUUCCUCCAAAACCAACUGCAUGGAAAUUCGGCAUUGCCAUUUGAAGAGCUAGCAUGGCGUGCAUACACAUCCCGGACACACUUUCUCUACCGCCUUGCUAUCUGUGGCAAUUCCCUGACAGAUGCUAUCAACAUCCUCUCGGAGCAGUUGUCAGAUGCUAGCAAUGGCCAAACUAAAGACCUCGGCUUCAGAGCACGGCGCAUCGAGAACACUGCCAAUGGAGACGCACCGCAGCUUCUCGGAGUCUUCACUGGCCAGGGCGCGCAAUGGCCGGGCAUGUCAAAAGAUUUGUUUUCGACGAACCGUGUGUACCGAGAGUCCAUUCGCAAUCUGGACUCUGUUCUCAGGGCAUGCCCUGACCCGCCCAGCUGGACUCUAGAAGAGGAACUUCAAAAACUGGAUGCAGAUGGUUCUCGAGUCCGCGAAGCAGCUGUUGCACAGCCGCUGUGCACGGCCCUGCAGAUUGGCCUCAUCGAUGUUUUAGACCGACUUGGGCUACACUUUACGUCUGUCAUUGGCCACUCGUCCGGUGAGAUUGGAGCCGCAUAUGCUGCCAAGUACAUUUCAAGACGAGACGCGAUUUUGAUCGCAUACUACCGAGGCAAGAGUGUAUCAACUCCCAUGCUCCCGCAAGGUGGCCCACAACAGCCACAGGGAGGCAUGCUUGCUGUUGGCUUGUCCCGCGAGGACGCCGAUGCCUUCUGCGAAGCAUUUGAUGGCCGGUUGUGUGUGGCUGCCAGCAACUCGCCGAGCAGCUCUACGUUAUCUGGCGACAUGGACGCCGUUUUGGAAGCUGAGCAGCAGCUCAGGUCGAGAAGUAUCUUUGUCCGCCGCCUUCUUGUCGACAAGGCAUACCACUCUCACCACAUGGCCAGGCUUUCGGACUCUUACACCAAGGCUCUAGACGCUUGUCAAAUCUCACCCUUGGCCGCCGCGUCUGAUCCAGACCGCAGAGUGACCUGGAUUUCCAGCGUCUUCCCUGGCGAUAGUGUGCCAACAAAACAACAACUCAGAGGUUCCUACUGGGUGGACAACAUGGUCAAGCCUGUUCUGUUUCGGGAAGCUGCUGAGAAGGUCCUGUCAACUGUCCAAGGCGAGUUCGACUGUGCUAUUGAAAUUGGCCCGCACUCUACUUUGAAAGGGCCGUUUUCCGACACGCUCGCCCAGUUGUGGGCGCAAGGAACUGCUAGCUCCAAGGGCCUUCCCUACACUAGUCUACUCCAGAGAGGCAAGAGUGAUGCAACAUCGUUCCUUGAGUUUUUGGGGUUCGUCUGGACGCACUAUGAUCCACCUCUCAUCGACCUUCAUGGUCUGCUAGACGACCAAGAGAGAGACGUGCUCUCUGACACGCUCUCCCGCCAGCAUGGCGAUGUUGCAAAUAUGCUUCCUGCAUACCCUUGGGACCACUCACAGAAAUACUACCGCUACUCGCGCAUUGCACGUCAGUUCCACCACAAAUCCGACCCUCCACACGAACUUCUUGGCAGCCGUACGCGUGAUGACAUCGACGGUCACGAACUACGCUGGCGCAACUUGUUACGUGUGGACAAGCUUCCCUGGUUAGCACAUCAUGCCUUCCAAGGUCAGCCACUACUGCCUGCCUCAGCAUAUUGCAUCAUGGCCUGUGAGGCAGCAAAGACCCUCCUGUCGGGCCGAGAGGCUACAGUGGUCGAGGUUGAAGACAUCGAAUUCAUCAGUGGCAUUCCGCUGGAAGUCGACGGCCCCGCAACGGAGAUCAUGUUCUCACUCAACGUGCACCACCAACCGGGCAAGACUUCCAAUGCUACGAGUGCAUACACUGAUCAGAAUGACAACAUUAUACUCGCAUCAUUCUCCAUUUUCUCAGGCUCAGAAUCAUCACGCAUGCCUCUCGGGAAGCGAUGCAGUGGCAACCUCCGCGUUGUCCUAGGCUCCCCCAGUGCGGAUGUCCUGCCUCGCCGUGAAGACCCUGCUAAGCUGCCAGAAACGUUCGACGUCAGCACCGAGGCAUUCUACAAGAUGAUGGCGGACGUGGGUUUGCGAUACUCGGGACCAUUUGAGGCGAUAGAAUCUAUGCGUCGCCGCCUUAAUUUUGCGUCCGCUACACUCAAGCGAAUCCAUGCAAAGGAUACCACCAGCCUACCGCUCUCCCCGGCAACCCUUGACUCCUGUUUACAGACGUGCUUCAUGUCCUACUCAUCGCCAGGUGAUAGUAUGGCUCAUAGUGGAGUCGGCAGCACGCAUUUGUCAGUGGACGCACAGCUCACGAACAUCCAAGAGCCAACGUCUGAAUCUCCGGCACGCAUCACUGGAGAUAUUUGCAUUUUCAAUGAAGAUGGAAACAUGGAGGUCUGUAUUGAAGGACUGACAGUUGGCUCACUGGCAUCGGCCCAUCCCAGUGCGGAUCGUGACCUGUAUCUGCACACGGUUUACGUUCCCGACCCAGACGACUCUCUUGUCAACGACUGUGCCAUUCUCGGUGACACCAGUGUCGCAAAUGAAGCUCUGGACAGGGUGUUGGAGGAAUCCAUCCUCCGCAUCCAAUCGUUUUACGAACCUUCUCCAAAAUCAUCAAGGAUAUGGCCAACCGACACGGACGAGGUACUAACCCAGCACAUUCUCUCUUCGCCAUACUCGCUUACGCUGGGCAAGGUUAAGGCUCUCGCGAAAGAUAAUGCCCAAAUGACUUCGGCAGUCAGCGCUGAGCGCACUCUUCAGUCCUUGUUAGAAGAGGGACGGCAUGUCUACCACUUCCAACGACGGGUCUCUAGCAUCGUUAAGCAGAUUGCCCAUAAAUACCCUCGCAUAUCCGUUUUCAACUUAACCGACUCGGAAAUGCACAUGUCAACGCCCAUUCUCGAUGGUCUAUCAUCUUCCUUCAUCAGCUACAUUUCUAUGGUCCUCGGCAACGCUGACCAGAGCUUCAACUUGUAUCUUGAUCAAUUUCCGAUGUCCAUCAAGAAAAAGGUCCGGUCCUCGUCCCUUGUCCAAAUCGACGGCAUGAAGCCACAGCUGAAUGGCCUCAUCACCGCGGCUUCCAUCCAACCCUUUGAUCUGGCAAUUCUGUCCACUUCCAUCUUCAAGCGGGCGACAUCUAGUGAGGUCGUCCUUGAUUAUAUUAAGUCGUUGAUGCGACCAGGUGGCUUCCUUAUGCUCGUCCACAUGCCUCUUCAAAUGUCUCGCGGUCAGCAAUCAACCGACAUCACAGACACUUAUAUCACCCCGCCAGACUGGCCCGAUCUUCUCGACCGGUGCGGCUUCAUGACCCCGGCGAUCAAAAACACCGAUCAGUACUUUGCCGGCGGUUUCUCCAUCGCUGUACGACGGAGCAAGCGACUGCCACAGAGACAUUUGGUGCCGAAUCCCAGUGCGCUCUCUGCUGCAGUGUCGGGACCAAUCAAACCAGGCGAACGGCUUCUUGUCGUCGGCGGCCAGGCUACAGACAUUUCGUUGCUCGCAUCCAGUGUCGGCCGGCUGCUCUCUAGCCACAUGCACAAUCCCGUCACAACCGUCACAGGCCUAGAUGAGCUCGGUGCGCUCACCAAUGCCGAUCCGGCUUCUUCGCACGCCUUUACCUGCGCGAUUGUCCUGGCCGACGUCGAUGAUACAAUGUCCGUCCUCUCCUCCCUCAACGAGAGUCGACUCGAUACUUUGCGAAAGGUCCUCUUUCGGCCUGAAAUGGUCAUACUUUGGGUGACAAAGGGGGCACGCGUGGGAAACUGCGAGAGCGCUUCUUCGUACGGCUUUAUUCGCAGCAUACGCGGCGAGAUGCCAAAUCUCUUCAUUCAGAUGCUCGACUUCGAUCAUCUCGAGUCCGACGGUGGCAAGCUACUUGUUCCCAGUCCACCCAACAUAGUCUCUCCCUCUGCUGCGUCUAUGGUGACAGACGUGUUCCUCCAACUCUUGCUUGGAGUUGCGGCAAAACGCAACCAAAACUCCUUCGCGUCGGCCAAUGUCGCUGCCGACGAAGGCCGAAACAAUGACCUUUGGCAUUUGGAGACCGAGGUGUUCAUUGACAGCAUGGGUCAACGACUGGUCCCACGAAUGCUGCCUCUCAAGCCCAGCAAUGACACGUUCAAUGCCUCGCGCCGAGCGGUGACUGAGAAAGUCAACACCCUUUUAAAAUGUGUUGAGCUUGCUCAUGAUGCAACGACUGGCGAGUACAGCAUAAACGUUGUUCCAGCACCUGUGCCGUCAUCGCCUUUCCAAAUCAAAGACGUGGAGCUCUCGAGAAUCCAGGUACACUACAGCAGCGCACAGCCUCUCUUCAAAGGCCACUAUGUCUGCAUAGGGCUCAGCAGUGACACUGGCGAUAUCGUCGCAGCCAUAUCGAAGUCCAACGCCUCAUUUGUCUCUGUUCCGCGCAACCAACUGUGCCCAAUUCCUGACAGGGGUAACAAUGGAACCACGCGGCCAUAUGCAGGUGCACUUGUUGGAACUCUUGUUUGCCUCCAGCUGUUGUCUAUUUCAGCUGAUAAGCCGCUAGCUCUAGUCGCUCCCGAAAAUAUUCUACUCGAAUGCGCUCAGCAUGUCUCCGCCCAUCAAGGUCGCGACAUUGUAGCCAUUCAGGUUGCCGGUGGUGACCACAGCGCUCAAAUACUAGACGAUGGGUUAUUCCUUCAUCCCCAUGCAACAUACGGCCGGAUGGCUUCCACUCUGUAUCGAUUUAAAGACGGCGCAACGUUUGUCAACUUCCUACCUGAGAAUCACCCCGUGUCUCGAUUCCUCUCCCGCACAGUUCCUGCCAAUUGCUGUUCUUAUUCUUGGGCAAGCUUGUCUAGCCAAACACAGGACGAUGCUCCCCAGGAUGACGCCUACAUUGCCACGAAUCUUUUACAGCAGGCCAUCUCCAUCGUUGAUUCGGGCAAUGGAGCUUCUGCUGACUUUGUCUUCGUUCCAGAUCUGCUCAAGUCACACAUACGCAACGCAAGUACAGUUCAGAUUGUGGAUUGGCGAGCCGAACGAGCGGUAGAAAGAGUUGUUGUCCCUCAUGAAAACUUGGCGAGCACGAAUACGCCACAAGGACCGCUAGGAGCUAGGCUCCGCGUUGACAGAACAUAUGUCCUCGUUGGAAUCACACGCGACAUGGGCCAAAGCCUGUCAACGCUUUUGUCCAAACAGGGUGCACGACACAUUGUCCUCGCAAGCCGGAACAUCCCGACAUCUAGGCCUCAGUGGGCCAAGCAUGCAAAACGGGUGGUCGGAGUUGAUAUCCGCUUUGAAUCUCUAGACGUGACCGACUUAGCCGCAGUCCAACAAUUCCGCAUCCGCGUCGAGCAAUCGAUGCCACGUAUUGGCGGUAUCGUCAACGGGGCUAUGGUCCUGGACGACCGCGUUUUUGCGCAAAUGACAGCUGACGCAUUUUCGCGGGCGAUGCGGCCCAAGACGGUUGGCUCCCGCAACCUCGACACAGUGUUCCGUGAUGACGACGAGGAAGAUCGCAACAAGCUCGACUUCUUCAUCAUGACAUCGUCCUGUACUGCUGUAGCAGGUCAUGCCGGACAAUCCAAUUACGCCGCAGCGAACAUGUACAUGAAUGGUUUGGCUGCGAACCGGCAGCGUCGGGGUGUUGCCGGCUCCGUCCUGAACAUUGGCGUCAUCUACGGCCUGGGCUUCUUGCAACGUGAGAAAGAGGAGCUCUAUGCAGGGCUCGAGCGCGAGCGGUAUCCGCCCAUCUCCGAGCGCGAUCUGCACCACAUGUUCCUCGAGGCCAUUGCUUUGGGACGGCCAAAACCGGGUCGUGCUGCCCGGCCAGAGGACUUUAUCGACCUCACGACCGGUCUGAGCCGCUUCAACCCACACCAAACCGCCGACAACGAGGUACACUGGCACCGAGACCCCCGUUUCUCGCACUUUACCGUCGACGACGACAGCGAAUAUGGGUCCAAUGAGAAGCAGUCCGGUAGCAGCGAGAAUAGUAGCGCGAAGCAACUGGCUGAUCUCAUUGGUGGCGAGGCUGCGACGGCUGAGGUCAUCGGUCAGCAGCUCGCGAUUGCCUUCAGCGAACGUCUGGCGACGCUGUUGCACGUUGGUCCGUCAACCAGCGCCGAUGGCAGCAACGAUGGUGCCGGCCGCAUUCGAAGCGACAGUAGUUUAAUGGAACUGGGUGUCGACUCUCUGGUGGCGGUGGAGAUGCGCGCAUGGCUCUGGCGCAUGACCAGCCGCGACGUGCCGGUGAUGAAGAUUUUGGGUGCGGCAAGCAUCAACAGACUUUGUACCGAUAUUGCAAGCGAUGUUGUGGCCUCUCGCGGCCAAUAA